UUCAACUUUUCAGACUGUAAAGCCGUGAAACAAUUUAAUGUAGUUGUUUGAUUAGUCUUUUUUCUUCGCCGGAUAUUAAUUAACAUCAGGAUUAGGCUCAUUUCUGUUUGAGUCAGCUGUAUGAUACAUAUCACCGAGGUCAUGCAACGCUCUAUAUUCGUCCACAGCUGUGUUUUUCUGAAAGGAAAUGGAUUGGUUUCACUGUAACAACUGUUUUCUGAGGCGAGGCAAUAACUUUGUGGUGUCGAGCUGUGGUCAUGUUCUUUGUGAGGGCUGCACCCAACCGAAUCACUGCUGUGUGUGUCAAUCCAGCUGCAGCUACCUGCCUAUAUCUGACCAGAUGAAACCUCAGGAGCAGAUGUUCUUCAGAAACCCAAUAAACAUCAUUCAAACUCGACUGGAGCGUAUUGCACAGAUUGCGGCAUUCCAGAGAAAACAGAAAGAGAGAGUCAUAGCCUUCCACAAGCACAAAUUUGUGGAGAUGGAAAGAAGACUAAAGGAAGUCAAUGAACAGUACCACAGGCAGGUGUCAGAGCUCAGGAAGGAGAAUGCUGAACUGAGGAAGCCUCUUUCCCAGAGGAGGGUAUCACCUGGGACAUUUAAGGCUAACGGAAGCAUUCCUAGAAUGACAUUACCAGUGGCCAUCACUUCCCCAGUCACUCCCCUCUCCAGGACUGUAAGUCACCCAGGUUCCGGUGAUACCAUGGAGAGGUUUCGACACUUCACACCCAGCAUGGCAUCUCCGCUAGAUUCAGCCACCCCUGUAUCCUCUCUGAGUUCAGUGAACGAGCAUGGAUUUAGAACACCCACUCCUCUUACCACACCAGUGAGGCCAGACCAUGUAACUCCAAACAUUUUUCAGUUCCAGUUGUUGCCUGGGGCAACAUUUCAGUCUCCCCAGCCAUGGAAUGUGUAGUGGUCCGGCAACAUCUAAGCAAGACAUGCCGUAUCAACUGGGUUGGUUGUAAACGUGACACCUAUUUGUUUCAGAGAAAUUAGAUUGCAGCAGCAGUGGUUUAAAUGUACCCUUAUUUCAGUUUGUAUGUUUUAGAUAAGUUAAUGGGUAUAAUGACCGUAAACUCAGCUGCAUUUGUGCAGGUCAAAGCCUGUUUGUGAAAGAUUUGAAGCAAAUGGAAAUGUGUUAUUUCUUGUUUACGUACUGUUGCAGUCCUAUAAAAAAGUAAAGUUCUGAAAUUCAAGUUUUGAAGUUCUUAUUCAGCUUUUCUAAAAGGCCAGUAGAAAUCAUGCCAGUUUCCAAGAGUAAUUACGAAAAGGAUCCUAGACAUUCCAGGAAUUUCAGGAACGAAUGAGGCCUACGCGUGAGAAUUUCUCAGAUGUGGCUUCCAGCUGGUCACGUUGCCAUAGAGGUCAGAUUUGUGAAGCGCUGAUGAUAUUGUGGAGGUCUGCACAGGUCUUCCUGUUU